AUGGCCGAAGAAUAUAAAGAUGAUGUAGCUGAUGAUGUAGCCAGUGAUGUAGCUGAUAACGAAGAAGGGGAAUUGGGAUACACACCAGUUACAAAGCUUAAAGAAUACGGCAUAAAUGAAUCGGACGUUAAAAAGCUUGCAGACAACGGUUAUGCUACUGUCGAAGCUGUAGCCUUUUCACCCAGAAAAGCCCUACUGGCUAUAAAAGGAAUUUCUGAAGUAAAAGUUGAUAAAAUUUUAUCUGAAGCUAUUAAGUUGUCACCUAGAAUGGGAUUCGAAUCAGCCACUUUAGUUCAAAAAAGAAGGGAAAAUUACUUUUAUAUAUCAACCGGCUCAAAGGCAUUAGAUAACCUUCUUGGAGGAAAAAGUCAACUUUGUCAUACACUUGCUGUUACGUGUCAGCUUGGACUUCAAAAUGGCGGUGGUGAAGGAAUGUGUAUUUAUAUUGAUACCGAAGGCACGUUCCGUCCUGAAAGAAUAGUGGCAAUUACAGAACGUUACAGUAUGGGAGAUCAAGGAGUUUUGGAUAAUAUAGCUGUUGCGCGGGCUUACAAUACAGAUCACCAAAUGAGUUUGUUGGUUCAAGCAGCCGCAAUGAUGACUGAAGCGAGGUUUGCACUUCUAAUAGUUGAUAGUGUAACAGCUUUAUACAGAACCGAUUAUUCUGGUCGAGGUGAACUUGCAGCACGCCAAAUGCAUUUGGCAAAAUUUUUGCGCGCCCUACUUCGUUUAGCUGAUGAAUUUGGAGUCGCGGUAGUUAUUACAAAUCAAGUCGUAUCAUCAGUCGAUGGAAAUAUGUUAUUCCCCGGUGCAACAGAUAAAAAGCCUAUCGGUGGAAAUAUUAUUGCUCACGCGUCGACGACAAGGCUGUCUUUACGUAAAGGCAAGGGUGAAGGACGAUUAUGUAAAAUUUACGACUCUCCAUGUCUUCCAGAGUCAGAAGCGCAUUUUAGAAUCGGACCAGGUGGGAUCGAAGAC